ACUAUUUUGUUUUUAUGUGAUCGAAGAAAAUACAAUAUCGAAACAUUACGAAAGUCAGCCUUCGGUCUAGGCCCUUGUAUUUUAUUUGAAUCUGCCGCGCUCGGUGAUUUACAGAUGUCAGCCAAUCACGAACCGUAAUUUUCUUGUGGUUCCGAAUGAAGGUGCAGUGCUCGGAAUUGCCAGGCAACUUUACUACUGCUGGAGGUGUAGAGAAGAAUACUGCAACCCAGGCAUCAAUAAAGAUAUGCGAUGAGCCGUCGCUUCAAACUUCUCCAAACAAUAAUUCAUCACCUACAUCUUCUCAGAGUAAAAUUGUGAUAAACACAGAUGGAACAACAAAAGUGAGGAACAUAAAAAUAUUGGUAUGA